GACUGAAAGAACGUGCCCUUUCUCAGUGCUGGCUGUGGGGGGCAGUAAUCGCGUUUCGUUUGCGAGCGGCUGUUGAUGCUUUCCGGUCACCGCGAGAACGUCUGCGAGGCGACAACAGGACUUACGAGAUCGUGAAAGGCCUUGACCCCGAUACACAGUACCGAAUUCGCUUUCGGUCUCGAUGGAACGCGGACUACCGCCUGUUCUCUCAUGUGCCGACGUCGGCCGGAUAUACCAUGAGAUGAGAUGGGCGUACGACUUCUUGCCCCACACGUGGCAAGCCUGCACAGACGGGGACAGUAGGAACAGACCCUGCCCGCUGGUCCAGGACGCGUUGCUGUGGAAUACUGAGUGCCGGCAAGUGGGCGUGCAGAUACGGGAGGACGACCGCUCGCCGGGAAAGCUGUGUGUGGCCUUCGACGAGACAUACGAAGUUUGCAGUAGGGAAAAGGUUCUCCACCACCAGCUGUUCCUGAGUUUCCUCCUGCGGGAGCACCGGUGCAUCGAGUCGGUCACCUUGAGCAGGCCGUUUACCUUUGGGCACGACCAGCGCUUCUUCGAUUCGCUGCGUGUCAACGGACGCGUCCGCCGGCUGUCUCUGCUGGGCCACACCGGUGGAACCUGGGGGCUCUGCAACUGCCGUCAACACUUUGUGGAUGCUUUGAGCGGUAUGCUGAAGCUGCAGGAGCUGAUCACCUCGGAGGACGUCCUGGGUAACGACGCGAGUAUGCAAGCGUUCGUCGAUUACCUGGCGAAUACGACCUCCCUGCAAGCGCUGGACCUGACCCAGUCGGCCCUUCCGUCGGCGGCACGGCGUGCUCUGUACAGAGGUUUGCUCGGGAACCGGAGCCUGAAGUCGCUGACUCUGCGCGGCUUCUACGCGGAGCGCGAGGCGCACAAGCAAGCCGUGUUCGCGUGCCUGCGCGAACACGCCACGCUCGAGUCGCUGACGGUCCACUCGGACAGUUUCCCCAGCUCUGCCUCGCUGGAUUUCGUGGCGCGUUGCGCGGUCGCCAACAGGGGGACGCUGCGUCGACUGCGGCUUGUCGGCUGGCCCAUGGACCUGGAAGCCGCCGCGUCGAUCGGCCAGCUGUUCUCGGGCGACUGCACACUCGAGAGCUUCGCGUUCGUACCGCCACGUGGCGCAACAGACCGCUUCCACUGGCCGGCGGCGCUAGACGCGCUGCCUCCAACGGGACACCCUCAAUUUCCGUUUGCCAUUGACGAUGGAUCCUCGCCUUCUCUCGUCUGCCAAGAGGGCGUGCGUUCCAUCUUGCACGGCAUCGGCGAGAACCGAAGCCUGCGCGAGGUAUCGUUCAGCCUGUCCAGUUUCACGCCCAGCGGCUGCGAAUUGCUGGUCGGGGAGCUGCUGCGCUGCUCCACUCUGCGCAAGAUCACCCUGGAGCCCCAGCGCUUCGACGCGGUCCGGGCCAUCUGCCAGGAGCUCGGGGACAAGGGCCACGCCCGGGACCUCCUCCCCGCGGGUCGCAGGGACGUCUCCGGCACGCUCCUUCCCCAGUGGGUCGGAGACCGCCUCCAGUGCUCCCGCUUAGUCCUCGACCACAGUCGCAUCUGGAGGGAAGAUGUGGAGCGCUGUCCGCGGGGGAUCUACGUGAUGCCUUCGUUCGAGACGGUGACGUCACUCUGCGUGAGGGAGGUGGCAGACGACUUCUUAAACAACGGUACUUGUCGGCUUAUGGCCGAAUACCUGGCCCGCACGACGGAGCUGCGAGAGCUGAACGUGACGGUGACGGGCUACCGCUCUGGUUGGCGAGGCGUGGCCGCUCCCGCUUUGUCGGGCAGCGCCGCGGAUAGCCUCGCCGCCUUCGCCGACUCCCUGGUGGCGAACGGCGGCGUCACUCGGGUGUUCCUCUCGGGCCUGCCCCUCGCAGACGACGCGUGCAAGGCCCUGGCGAAGGCGCUGCGGUCCGGGUGGCGCGUCUACGACUUGGCCGUACUCCAUCCCACGCACGCUAUCGAGGCGUUCUUAAGUGCGCUGAUGGAGGAGCCGCCAAGAUUGGAGGAACUCAACCGAAGCCUGACAAACCUGCACGUUCGUUGCACUCACGAAAAGCAGACUGCGUGCUCGCAUCAUAACCCGGAUGCUUCGCGGCACGGACACCAUCACCACCACCCCCACCACCACCACCACCACCACCACCAUCAUCAUCAUUAUGGCGUCGUUCCACCUCAGCCGAUGUGGCCCGAGUGGGCGCCCGUCGUCGUGCCGGCAGCGCUGACGGACGUCGUGCGACGAAACUGCAACGUCGCCACGCUGGCGGCCCACCACGUGACCGGAAGGAAGGCCGACGCCCGCUGCGCCGACGCCCUGCACCAGAUCGCCAGGGCCGACCGAGCCGCCGUCUGCGAAAGAAACCCUGGACUAGUGGUCAAGGUGCAGGAACUCGCGCUUUUGGACAUCGACCACGACUGGGCCUGCCAGAUGAUAAGGGACAGUGCUCGCUGUUUGCUCACCUUGGACGGUUACAUGCGGGCCGCGGGCGUGGUGAGGAAGACGGUCGAGUGCCACCCGGACCCGAAUGGCCGAAGGCAGCUUCCAGACAUCGGUGACGACAUCUGGGCUUUCGUACGGAGCUACCUGAGCGUCACUGACGUACUGUAGUACUACUAAAGUACUAGCUAUACAGACACACGCUGUACGCACUGUACAGAGAACAUGCACUGCCUGUGCGAGCUUGGUCCCAAAGAUGUAAAUCUGUGCCCACUGGUGUACAUAGUGUUGGGCGAAAUUUUAUUUGCAUUUUAAUAAAGUGAAGCUUGACCUCCUUA